AUGACGGAAAACAUCAGUGCCAAAAUGGAUAUUCCCACUAACAUCUCCCUGGUGAGUCCGGGGGACCCUGUGUACGAAUCUCUGGAAUACAAAACCGUCUCCGUUUUCCUGGUCCUGUUGGUGUGCGGGGUCGGGAUCGUGGGCAACAUCAUGGUCGUCCUGGUAGUCCUCACCACCCGUCAUAUGCGGACGCCCACCAACUGCUACCUGGUCAGCCUGGCGGUGGCUGACCUAACUGUGCUGGUGGCCGCUGGCCUGCCCAAUGUCUCCGACAGCCUGAUGGGCACCUGGGUGUACGGCCAUGCCGGGUGCCUUGGCAUCACCUACCUCCAGUAUCUGGGUAUUAACGUGUCCUCCUGCUCUAUCACGGCAUUCACAGUAGAGAGGUAUAUCGCCAUCUGUCAUCCAAUGAGGGCUCAGACAGUGUGCACUGUAUCUCGUGCCAAACGCAUCAUCGCCUUGGUGUGGGCGGUCACCUGCGUCUACUGCAUGCUCUGGCUUUUCCUCGUGGACAUCCAGGUGAACCGGGACGGCCGCGUCCAGUGCGGAUACCGCGUGUCCCGUGACCUCUACCUGCCCAUCUACCUGCUCGACUUUGCCAUCUUUUACGUCAUCCCGUUGCUGCUGGCCAUCGUGCUCUACGGUCUCAUCGCCCGGAUCCUGUACCUCAACCCCCUCCCCCACCCGCCUGACUCUAGCACCUUCACCGCCAACACCCUCAGGAGGAGCUGCAAAGAACCGGCGGCGGACGGCGGCAAAGGACGACCCAAGAGCGCGCUGUCGUCCAGGAAACAGGUCACCAAGAUGCUAGCGGUGGUGGUGGUUCUUUUCGCCCUUCUGUGGAUGCCGUACAGAACUCUGGUCCUCAUCAACUCCUUCGUUACAACUCCUUACCUCGACGCCUGGUUCCUUCUCUUCUGCAGAAUCUGCAUCUACGCCAACAGCGCCAUCAACCCCGUCGUUUACAACCUCAUGUCUCAGAAGUUCCGCUCCGCGUUCCGUGGCCUCUACAGAUGCCAGCGUCAAGAUGGACACCAGCGCUCCCUCUCCAUGCUGCAGACAAGCUACAGCCUGGCCAGAGACCCUCGUAUUUCUCAGACCACCAGCAACGGAACAAAAGAAGUCACCAAAAGGGUCACCACGGUGACACCCAGCGACGGACCCGGAACAGAAUCUCCCCUGGCCAAAGAUAAAACAAACGUAGAGAGCUCGCCCGAGAGCAAACGUGCCGUCAACUCGUUUGACGCGGAAAUGAAAGACGCGGUCAGUUCACUUAACGCUGACCAAAAGAAAGACAGGAGCGUCUCCAUCGCGGAGAGAAACGACGCGAAGAACUUUGACAGGGAGCCAAAAGAUUUGAACAGGUACAGCUCAAAUGACGUUUACAGUAACAAUGCAAAGAAAAGCCAGGCCCGUUUGGAAGAGGAGAAAACUGAUUUAAUCGCUGACCAACGUAAACUGACAUCUGGACAAGCAAAGGAGAACGAUUUGGAACUGAACCACAGUACAGUCUAA